GGCUGAAACUCCAGCUUCUCUCAUUCCAUUCUCCUUCGUUUAGUUAAACCCCUCCCUUUGGUUAGUUUCGUUUACCUGAUCCUCUGUUUCUUUCUUUCUUUUACUUUCUUUGCCUUUGAAUUCUCUUCAUCCCCAUGUUGCUCUUCUUUCUUCACCUUCUGCUUCUGAGACUUGGGCUCUAGUUUCUUUCACCAGCCAAGGAACAAAAUUUCUCCACUCAAAAUGUUGAAACAAAAACUCUUGUUUUCUCGACCAACAGAGGGGUUACUCUGCUUCAAUUUCUAUACAAAAACACUGCCAUCUCCACUUAAUAAAUGGCUGUUCUGAGGAUUUUUUGAAUCAACUCCAUUAAUAUUAUCUUUCUGUUUCAAUUAAUGGGUAUUAAUUAAAUAAUAUAAAAAAGAAGAAUAAAAAUAACAUCUCCUAAAUGUUUUGUUGCAACAAAAUUAAGUUGAACAGUAACCAUAGUUUGAUUAACAUUAAAGUCUAUUCCAUGUGGUUGGUGGCUUAAGGUGGUAGGUUUAGAAAAAAAAAUAAUGUCUUCUAGAAUUGUAUACGAUCUAUUUGGAAAAAUGGCAGAGCGUGUGAUCACCCGAGUACACAGCCUCCGAGAGCGUCUGGAUGACACCCUUAUUGCCCAUAGAAACGAGGUUUUGGCCUUGCUCACAAGGAUCGAGGGUAAGGGAAAAGGGAUUCUGCAACACCAUCAAAUUAUCCUAGAGUUUGAAGCCAUCCCUGAAGAAACCAGAAAGAAGCUCGCUGAUGGAGCAUUUUCUGAAAUAUUGAGAGCCAGUCAGGAAGCGAUCGUGUUGCCACCAUGGGUUGCACUUGCAGUUCGUCCAAGGCCUGGUGUUUGGGAGUAUAUUAAAGUGAAUGUCCACGCCCUUGUUGUUGAGGAACUCACUGUUGCAGAGUAUCUUCACUUCAAGGAGGAGCUUGUUGAUGGAAGGUAUCUUGAAAAUUGUUCAUUUUCUGUUUACUUCACUCGUAAAUGCUCAUUUUACCACUGUUUCUUUGAUUUUUCUUGCAGUGCAAAUGGCAAUUUCGUUUUGGAAUUGGAUUUUGAGCCCUUCAAUGCAUCUUUCCCUCGCUCAACUCUUUCCAAGUCUAUCGGUAAUGGUGUUGAGUUCCUCAAUCGCCACCUUUCAGCUAAAUUGUUCCAUGACAAGGAGAGUAUGCACCCUUUGCUUGAAUUCCUCAAAGUCCAUUGCCACAAAGGAAAGAACAUGAUGUUGAAUGACAGAAUUCAAAACCUGAAUUCCCUUCAAUAUGUAUUGAGGAAGGCAGAAGAAUAUCUUGGUACACUGCCAGCUGAGACACCGUACACUGAACUGGAACACAAGUUCCAGGAAAUCGGUUUGGAGAGAGGUUGGGGUGAUACCGCGGGGCGUGUGCUGGAGAUGAUCCAACUCCUUUUGGAUCUUCUCGAGGCCCCUGAUCCUUGCACCCUUGAGAAGUUCCUCGGGAGAGUCCCCAUGGUGUUCAAUGUUGUCAUCCUUACUCCUCACGGAUACUUUGCUCAAGACAACGUUUUGGGGUACCCCGACACCGGUGGCCAGGUUGUAUACAUCUUGGAUCAAGUCCGUGCCUUGGAGAACGAGAUGCUCCUCCGUAUCAAGCAGCAAGGACUCAACAUUACCCCUCGAAUCUUAAUUAUUACCAGACUUCUCCCCGACGCUGUUGGAACAACUUGUGGUCAACGAGUUGAAAAGGUAUACGGAACGGAAUACUCCGACAUCCUCCGAGUACCCUUUAGAACAGAGAAGGGAAUUGUACGUAGAUGGAUCUCGAGAUUCGAAGUCUGGCCCUACUUGGAAACUUACACUGAGGAUGUUGCUCACGAAAUUUCCAAAGAGUUGCAAGGCAAGCCCGAUCUCAUCAUCGGAAACUAUAGUGACGGCAACAUUGUUGCCUCGUUGCUGGCUCACAAAUUGGGAGUCACACAGUGUACCAUUGCCCAUGCUUUGGAGAAAACAAAGUACCCAGAUUCCGAUAUUUACUGGAAGAAGCUAGAGGAUAAAUACCAUUUCUCCUGCCAAUUUACAGCUGAUCUUAUUGCAAUGAACCAUACAGAUUUCAUCAUCACUAGUACUUUCCAAGAAAUUGCAGGAAGCAAGGACACUGUUGGUCAAUAUGAGAGUCACACUGCUUUCACUCUUCCUGGUUUAUACCGAGUCGUACACGGUAUCGAUGUAUUUGAUCCCAAAUUCAACAUCGUGUCUCCCGGUGCUGACAUGAGCAUAUACUUCCCUUACACCGAGAAGAAGAGGAGGUUGAAGCAUUUCCACCCCGAGAUUGAAGACCUCCUUUAUAGCAAAGUCGAGAACGAAGAACACUUAUGUGUGCUAAAUGACCGCAACAAGCCGAUCCUAUUCACGAUGGCAAGGCUAGACCGUGUUAAGAACUUAACCGGACUCGUCGAGUGGUACGGCAAGAAUGCAAAGCUGCGCGAGUUGGUUAACCUCGUAGUCGUAGGUGGAGACAGGAGAAAGGAAUCCAAAGAUUUAGAAGAGAAGGCCGAAAUGAAGAAGAUGUUUGAGCUGAUAAAAACAUACAAAUUGAACGGUCAAUUCAGAUGGAUAUCAUCGCAAAUGAACCGAGUUAGGAAUGGUGAGUUGUACCGCUACAUUUGCGACACAAAAGGUGCCUUCGUACAACCAGCAUUGUACGAAGCCUUUGGAUUAACGGUUGUUGAAGCCAUGACUUGCGGAUUGCCAACAUUUGCUACCUGCAAAGGUGGACCAGCUGAAAUCAUUGUCCACGGUAAAUCUGGGUUCAACAUUGAUCCUUACCAUGGUGAUCAAGCUGCAGAAAUCCUUGUUGAUUUCUUCGACAAAUGUAAAAAGGAACCAUCUCACUGGAAUGACAUAUCUGAGGGUGGCUUGAAACGUAUCCAGGAGAAAUACACAUGGCAGAUAUAUUCGGAGAGGCUAUUAACAUUGACGGGAGUGUAUGGAUUCUGGAAGCACGUUUCCAACCUUGACCGUCGCGAGAGCCGCCGUUACCUGGAGAUGUUUUACGCUCUUAAGUACCGCAAGCUGGCUGAAUCGGUUCCUCUGGCAGAGGAGGAGUAAAACAAAGGAAGAGGCGGGUUUUCCCUGGAGGAUUUUUCUGAGUUCUUCAUAAUAAUAAUAAUAAUAAUAAUAAUAAUAAUAAUAAUAAUAAUCUUUUGUUGUUUUCAUAUUUAUGGCCGGACAAGAAAAAGCCUCUUUUGUAUCUCUUUUCCUUUUUUUGUUGUUUUAUUUUUCCCGGCAUUGUUAGAACAUGGAGGGGGUACUACGCCCUUGGAUUCCAACAAAAGAUUGUGAUUUUGUUUUCCAA